CAGACAACAAGCUGACAACUGGAGCUGAUCACCUGCUGAACUCUGAUAUCUCAGUGACACCUGAGUAGCUUACCUUUGUGAUGUCACUGUUUCACUCAGAGUUCUGUGGCUCCGGGUAAUACCGAGCUGCGUUUCUGUGUUUACCAAAAGACAUGGAGAACUUCUGGAUGUAUCAGGCCGAAAAGCUCGAGGAAGAACAAACUGAGCAAAAAGGUCAGAGAGACAAACAGGAUCAAGACGAGGCUGUGUCUUCAGACUCACCACCCAAUCAGGGAGCAGAAUCACCCAGCCUACACCUGCUGCAGGAUGACGAAGGCCCUCCAUCCCAUAAAGCUUCCAAGAAAAGCCUUGCAGCAUUUCCUGCAUAUGCAGCAGUACCAGGUCCCUGUGACCCAGAAGACCUGAUAGAUGGCAUCGUUUUUGCUGCCGUCUAUCUUGGGUCCACUCAGCUGGUAUCAGAGAAAACACCUUCCAAGAACAUCCGAAUGAUGCAGGCUCAGAAAGCAAUCAAGCACAUCAAGGAGCGUCAGGCUGAAUCCCAUCACAUAACAGAGGUGGAUCUCUUCAUUUCCACUCAGAGAAUCAAAGUGCUCAAUGCAGACUCCCAGGAAACCAUACUGGACCACCCCUUACGAACCAUCUCCUACAUCGCUGACAUUGGCCAUGUUGUGGUUCUGAUGGCCAGGCAAAGGUUUACUAAGCAGGAGGGUCAGGAUAAUGAGGAGGCCUCAAACUCGAGUCAAGACAACAAGCGACAGUACACAAUGUUAUGUCAUCUGUUUGAGACUGAGGAUGCCCAGCUGAUUGCCCAGUCCAUUGGGCAAACGUUCAGUGUGGCUUACCAGGAAUUCUUAAAGUCAAAUGGCAUAAACCCGGAGGACCUGAGUCAAAAAGAGUACAGCAACCUGCUAAGCACUCGGGACAUGUACAACAAUGACCUGGUCCACUUUUCUAAAUCUGAGAACUGCAAAGAUGUAAUACUAGAGAAGUCCAAAGGGGAGAUUCUGGGUGUGGUAAUCGUGGAGAGUGGGUGGGGCUCCCUCCUACCUACUGUGAUCAUCGCUAACAUGAUGCACGCCGGGCCGGCGGAGAGGUCUGGCAGGCUGAACAAUGGAGACCAGAUCAUGUCAGUCAAUGGAACCAGCCUGGUGGGACUGCCGCUGUCAACAUGCCAGAGUAUCAUAAAGGAUCUGAAGAACAAGUCCCAGGUCAAGCUGAGUAUCGUAAGGUGUCCUCCAGUGACUAGUGUUCUCAUCAGACGUCAGGACCAGCGCUGCCAGCUGGGAUUCAGUGUGCAGAAUGGCAUUAUCUGCAGCCUUAUGCGUGGUGGUAUUGCUGAACGAGGUGGGGUCAGAGUAGGUCAUCGAAUCAUUGAGAUCAAUAACCAGAGUGUGGUAGCAACACCACAUGAAAAAAUAGUUCAGAUCCUGUCAAAUGCUGUGGGAGAGGUGAGUCUGCAUCUCAAAAGGUCUGCCACUGAAGAGUUAUUUGUAGUAGUAGUAGUAGUAGGGGUCUCAGGGCUUUAUCAGCCAAGACCUUAAACCUUGGUUUGUGUUUUACUGUCAUCCCAAAUGUAUCUUCCUCACACGAGUCAUCAGAGAAAAGUCUGUGCUUCCUCCAAGCCAAUGUCAUCAUCAGAAGUGGAUAAAUACCAACAGCAGAUCGUAUAACUGAGUGGCUGUGGCUCAGGUGGAGGACUGGUUAAGAUUAGUUAGGUUUCCAGCCUCUGGACCAUGAUCGGGCUGGGUCUGAGCGCAGCGCACAGCUGUUCCACGCUUUGCUGUGUCCGAUUAACUGAACACAUUAGUCACAGUGGCCCUUAGGAUGCGACUGCUGCUAAAGGAUACGUUGUGUUUCAGAUUUACAUGAAGACCAUGCCUGCUGCGAUGUACCGCCUGCUGACUGCUCAGGAGCCGUCUGUCUACAUUUGAACCGCACUCCAGAAGUUCACGCUGUUGAAGCCAGCUUGGUGCUCCUCUGGAAAACAUUCCUUAUGCUGAGUCAUGAAACCAGUUAUAAUUACUUUAAUCUGACCAAACUCUAAAACUGCUAUAUUCAGUUUGCUGUUCAUGUUUUGGAAUGUAUUAGAGCUGGGCAAUAAAUCGGAAAUUUAUCGUUAUCGAAAUUUCUGAGUUUUAUCGAGAUUAUUUUUCCCAUGUCAAUAAAUUUGAUAACAAGAAAGUGAAAAGAGGUGUGUAGGUUGGCAGCGUUCAUGUCCCUUUAAGAAGCUGUAGCACCGUGAGUCACGUAAAAGUGUGACUCAAUGCGAUACAUGUGACAGCCCCAUCUAGUGGACAACUUUUGUCUCUGCGCAUACCUGUAGUUAUCGUCCAUUUAUCGUUAUCGAGGUGAAAUCCUCAAUAUAUCGUGAUAAUGAUUUUAGGCCAUAUCGCCCAGCCCUAGAAUGUAUUUAUUGAAAGUUAUCUGCAUUCAUUAUGUUGGUUUGUACGUUUUAGCCCUAAAAGAACAUGAUCACUGCACAAUAAAUGGUUCUUCAGUCAGAACAUAGCGUUAAGUGCUGUAAAGAUCCAGCCAACCAUUACACCACUACAUGGCUCCUGAUGUCUAAGUGGGGCAUCAGAAGAGGUGGAACACGGACAUUUCUGCCCACAGUUCCAGCAUCAAGCACAGAACCAUCUAGGCUGAAGCUAAAUGCUGACAGUUUGAUGUGUAAACCAUGUGACAACUGCACAAGGUCAAACUAAAUGUUAAAGCUGCUGUCAGGAGUUCAAUUGGCUCACCAUGGUUACCACACAACGCAUUUUUGUUUUUCUAUGGCCCUUCUUAGGGUUCUCCACCAAGACCCCAAGGCACUUCACAACACAGACAGUCUUUCACACGCUGGUGAUAAUGAGCUACAAGGUAGCUACAGCUGCCCUAACAGAACCCAGUGAUGGAGGAGGAUGCCAGUCAGACCUGGCAGUCUCAAACGUAUUGUGUGUGUCUGCUGAGAACGUCUGACAGAGUCUCCUGUCAGAAGGAACUUUAAUUCCCACCUCCAACAGAACUCCCAAAAUGUUCCGGGGAGGCGGGGCACAUUGAGUCCGAACAGGCCAUGUUCGGUGCCUCCAUUGUUGAGGUGGUCGACCAGAGCUGUGGCCAAAGGGUCGUCGUGCCUGUCGUGGCGGGAACCCCCGAACCCGCUGGUGGGCACAGACAGUUAGGGAUGCUGUCAAGCUGAAGAAAGAGUCCUAUCAGGUCUUUCUGGCCUAUGAGACUCCAGAGGCAGCUGAUAGGUACCGGCAGUCCAAGCAGAAUGAAGCUCGGGGGGGUUGCGGAAGCAAAAACCCGGGUGUGGGAGAAGUUCGGUGAGACCAUGGAGCAAGACUUCCAUAUGGCUUUGAGGAGAUUCUGGUCCAACAUCCUACACCACUAUUUAUAGUGGGGAUGGUGUGCUGUUGACCUCUACUCGGGACGUUGUGGAUCGGUGGGCAGAAUACUUCGAAGACCUCCUCAGUCACCUUCCAGUUAGGAAGCAGAGGCUGGGACUUCAAGUUGGGCUCUCCUGUCUCUAGUGCUGAGGUCACUGAGGUGGUCACAAAGCUCCUCGUGGCAAGGCUCUGGGGGUGGAUGAGAUCCGCCCAGAGUACCUUAAGUCUCUGGAUGUUGUAGGGCUGUGUUGGCUGACGCGGCUCUGCAAUAUCGCAUGGACAUUGGGGGCAGUCCCACUGGCUUGGCAGACUGGAGUGUGUGUGGGUGGGUGUGUUCCAACUACAGGGGCUUCACACUUCUGAGCCUCCCUAGUAAGGUCUAUUCAGGGGUUCUGGAGAGGAUGGUCCGUCGGAUUGUCGAACCUCAGAUUCAGGAGGAGCAAUGUGGCUUUUGUCCUGACCGUGGAAAACUGGACCAGCUCUAUUCUAGGGUUCCCACUCUUUUUUUGACAUAAAUUUCAGGACAUUUUCAAGACUUUCUCAGCUGCUGCAGAACGGGUCAAGUUAUUACAGCGAGGGCUGGGUGAUAUUAUUUUCAUAUCUGGAUGUAUUUUGAAACAGAUAUGAUAGUGUACCUAUACCGCUAUAUCUUUUGUGUAUUUGUUUAUUUAAGGAUCCCCAUUAGUCUUCACCAUAGUGAAGGUGAAUAUCGAUAGUGAUAUCGAUUUUAUAGUUGUCCAAAGAUUGCCGUCUUUCACUAAAGGGAGCCUAAAUCUCCUCCUUUUACGGUCAGCUCACGGGUCCCCAGAGGAACGAAAACAGUGAAUGCAAGUCAACGGGGCUAAACACACAAUUUUCUAAUCCGCUUUGCCUUACACCCUGCAUCACACAUUUGUUGUACUGCAAUUUAAAUGAAAAGUAAUGAUGGAUGUUUCGACCACGCCAGUCACGUACUCUGAGAUUUAUCAGCUUGUAAAAGUUCGUAAUUAGCAUGACUACAACUUAGACCUCAGCACGUCGCAUAGAUGACAUCACCACAUAAUUUCCUUCCCUAGCGUAGCUGCUACUUACCACAUGACCAGAUUUAUGGUGGUUCUUUCCUCCUGAAGGAAGGAUUUGAACUUUGCUGAACUUACAGCCAUUUUAUCCUGUUUGGUGGUGCACAUUUGUAGUCCUGGACGUAAUUUUCACAUUAUUUGGAAAAUAUGACCAAACUUUGAAAUUAAUUGCAUUUGCUCAUACCAAGACGCAUGGUUUACAUAAUGGAAUAAAUUGAUGAGUUAUGUGUUUGGACUGAAUAAUUUAUUUUAACAAAUCUUUAACUGUUUUUCGUUUGUCAUUUAUAUUGCUGAAAUGAAUAUACUGUACAUUUCCGAAAAUGCGUCAAAGUCCCUCAUCCUAAUUUGAUUGACAGCAACGGACAGCUUUCCCCACAGUUUAUGCAAGACUUAACACUUGAAGCGGGAGACUGUCAAUAAUACAGAGUUUCGAUUUAGGGGAUGUAAGAAAAGUCCUAAGAAUGGGGACGCUCCCUCUCUGGUCACCAUGGUAACGACACACUACAAUUCUCUGUUUGCUCCUCUGUCAACAGAGAGAGGAAGAAAAACCUCUCACUCAACAUACUGCGAUACAGCAGCACUCUUAACCUGAACGUCGUUAGCUUUGGCCCUUCUUUGGAGAAAUAAAUCUUUACUUGAGUAUGAAAAAUGUGUAAAUCUAGCAACAAAGACAGAUGGACACACUGGGAAGCAGAACUGUUCUAAGCAAUUUGAUUGGUUGGUUGCAUCACAUUUUAUUUAAUUUUUAUUUAACCAGGAUAGAGACCCAUUGAGGUUAAGAACCUCUUUUACGAGGGUGUCCUGGCCAAGAGGCAGCAAAAAAUACAAACAGAAACAGUUACAACGUAAUGACAAUGACAAAACACUCAAUCAUUAAAAGCAGUUACAAGUUACUAACGCCGUCUCUGAAGCUUUCAGUUUGGUUUUGAAGGCAUUUACCCCCAAAUUCCACUACCUCCGCUCCGCUCCGACACGAACGCCGGAGCAAAAUCGGUCCCGUUGUAGUCAAUCAGAGCAAUUCCACUACUGCGGCCGUGCUCCGGCAGUGCGGCGCCGUGCGCCGCCCUCUGUUCCGGCGUCCGGCAAAAAUAGAAUCGAUCCUAUUUUCGCCGGACGCCGGAGCACCUCCGCAGUAAAUGGACAGAAAUCACAACCGCCCAACAGGAAAAGGAGCGGGCACAACUUCCGUUUUUCACAAUAAAUCGAUAAACAAAAGGCGUUUUUUGUUUCAUAUGCACAGGUUUAACAACUUUUAACAACUAUCAGUGGCGGCUGAAGUUUAAAUGCACAAAAGUAAGCCAUAAAUACAGUUUCUACUAUCAAAGUAGUCACACUUUGUUGAUCCAAACACUGCUGAUCUCUCAACACAAAUGAUGGGCAGAUUAA